AAAGGUCUUUUACUUUGAAGUGAACUCGAACCGGAAGUUCUGUUGCUGUAUUUGCUAGCGCGGCUAUCAAUGGACCGACCUGGACAAGAAGCGUGGAGGCCGCCCCGAGUCUGUGAUGACUACUGGAGUGAAUUCAGACAUUGCAAAAGCUUUAGGAACUGUUUUCACCACUAUUAUACCCACGGUACCUUGCCAUCCUGCCUACAGUGGAAACAGGACUACUACAACUGUAGAGAGUGGGAGAAACACAGAACCACUGAAUCCAAGGAAGCCUUGCAGAAGAGUGAGAGGAACAGAGUGGCGGAGCAGAGAAACUUCACCCCAGUGUGGGAACUGAGGCGAGAGCCUCCCAGAGACUGGCACAUGCCUCUGAACCAGGAGAAGCCUCAGGACACAUGAACUGUAACCACUAACCUGACGUGUCUCCGUUCCAUUGCCGGCCAAAGCAAGGCGAAAUGAAGAUUCGAGAUUCUUGUCACUUAAUGGACUUAAAGAAAUAAUUUGGAGAAAAGUGCUGGAGACACUGGUCAUCACUUAUUGCCAUCUCAAGCUGAGCUGCUGUGUGAAAACAGAUAUGUUUAAACAGUGGUAGCAGCGCCUAGUGGUCACUGAUAAGUAUAACAGCAUCUAUGUUUAACCAAUGAAUACAAGAUGAUCUCUGCAAAGGCAUUGUUUUUUUUUUUUGUCGUCAUAAAUUAUUAAAGCUCUAAGGAUUGUGUAAAAAGCAAAAAGGGUGACUUCACUCACAGUUUUGCUGUAAAUGAGUUAAAGAAUAAUUUCCUUGUUUUUCUGUGUUAAGUGUAAGAAAUGGGGGGAAUAUUGGGUCAAAUUAAGCAAUGGAUACAUUCUGAAGAUUAAAUGUUUUU